AUGGCUAAACGCACCAAGAAGGUCAGAAUGGUGGGUAAAUAUGGGACCCAUUAUGGUGCCUCCCUCAGGAAAAGGGUGAAGAAAAUUGAAAUCAGCCAGCACGCCAAGUACACUUGCUCCUUCUGUGGCAAAGCCAAGAUGAAGAGACGAGCUGUGGGCAUUUGGCACUGUGGCUCCUGCAUGAAAACAGUAGCGGGUGGUGCCUGGACCUAUAACACCACUUCUGCCGCCACAGUAAAGUCUGCCAUCAGAAGAGUGAAGGAAUUGAAGGCUCAGCAGAAGCACCACCAUUUGAAACACUGCAGCCUAAACGGGUUAAUUUAUAAACCGCAGGCACCCCAGGGAGCUCUACAGCGGGCUCCGAACCCCCAGCCCGGCCGCUCCGGGACGCCGGGUUCCCUUCAGCAGCCCUCGCAGCCCGAGGCCACCGGCCCCAGAAACCGCACUUCAUUCCAGCGCUCCGGGAAGCCAUGGCUCUUUCCCCGCCCGGGCAAGGGUGGGGGCGCGCAGGGAGGCGGGCCGCUCGCGCUGCGGAAAGUUCACCGCGGCUGCGGGCGGGGGCGGCCCCGGCCCGGUUCUCGCUUCCACCAAGAAGUCUCUCAAAACCUUCCCUCCCCCUUCAAAGGAAAAAUCUCCAACUCCAAAAGAAUUCUCAAGGUCUCUCUCCAAAGAUCUCCCUUUCCGAGCUCCUUCUCCGAAAUUCCGCUCAAACUCUACCCCCACCUCAACUCCACAACCCCCCAACCCCCCAGCCCUCGCCGGGGUGCGCCCGCCGGUUCUGCCCGGUCACCACUGAGUGCCCCGACCCCUUGGCGGAGCAGGCCGCCUCCUCCGGGCGCCCUCCUCUCUCCGCCCGCCCGCCCGCCCGCCCGGCCUCCCGCGCCGCGCUCCCGCCACCUCCCCGCAGACUCCUCACCUCGGCGGCUACGGCCCGCGCUCCCGCCCGCCAAGGGCUCCGGCGCUCGGCUCCCGGCGGCCGGCGCCUCCUCCGGCUCCCAAGACUGA